UCAAAACAAGCAAAAGUGCCGAACAACUGCAAUAAAACAUGACUGCUUCCGCUCUAAUGACUAAACUUCGAGUGUCCGGAAUUUAUCGGAGGUGGUGUUACUCCCGUGAAUUCACGUGCCGGGCAGCUGUCAAUCAGCUGCGGAGGGAGCAAGGCGCUGCGCCUCUGGCCGGUAAAGUUGAUCGCUUCGGCGGCGUCACGGUGGACCUGGCGGACGUCGGUGUGCCAGAGGACAUAAGUGAAAGUGCUUUCAGCGGCUUACUGACAGAUUCUUUGGCCAGAUGGAAGGCGGAGGGCAAGGUGGCCGUGUGGCUCCGGGUCCCCAUCGCGAUGAGCCGAUGCGCUGCCGCAGCAUCCGCCCAAGGCUUUAGCUUCCAUCAUGCCCAGGACCGCCACGCCGUGUUGUCACUCUGGAUGGGUGAAGGAGAAAGUAGACUGCCUCGCUAUGCGACUCACCAAAUCGGAGUAGCGGGCGCAGUGGUCGAUGAGUCCAAUGGAAAAGUUCUCGUGGUGCAAGACAAGAACAAGACAAAAAAUGCCUGGAAAUUCCCUGGCGGCCUGUCGGAUCCCGGAGAGAAUAUCGGAGUAACGGCGGUGCGGGAAGUCUUGGAGGAAACAGGCAUCCACUCCGAGUUCCGAUCAUUGCUGAGCAUCCGUCAGCAGCAUAACCACCCGGGUGCCUUCGGCAUGUCAGACAUCUAUGUUAUCUGCCGCCUAAGUCCCCUCAGCUACGACAUCCACUUCUGUACGCACGAGUGCGAGCGCUGUGAUUGGCUAACCCUUGUGGAGUUGGCGUGUACCGCUGACACCACACCCAUUACGGCCCGCGUGGCCAGGCUGCUGCUUCACGGAUUGGAGCACGGGUUUGACAAGAUCGACCUCACCAUGGAGGAGCUACCCGCUGUCUACUCAGGGAUGUUUUACCAGCUCUAUCAUCGAGAGAUUCCUCGGUCCUAGCCUUAACGUAUGCGAAUACCAGGACUGGAACUUGUGGUUUACCAAUGGACCACCACUACCUACUACAAAUAUCGUUUAUCUAAUUGACUAGGUUUUAUUUUUGAAAAAAUACGGGCUGGGAAUAGUGCAUUUUGACCACCACCAGUGACCUCAGCCUUCCACCACACAGCCAGACCCAGUGUCACUGCAACUCACCAAAUACGAGCCAUCAUAAGCUUGGAUUGGUAUUUUUUUAAUGAACUGAGGUGCUCAUUUUAGGAAGUUAAAUGAUUCAUCUAAGAAGAGGUUUAUCAGAUCCUGGUUAUAGAUAACUGCCUCGUCGAUAAAUAGAAAUCAAGUCGACUAAAUGUGUGCAGAGAUGCAUGGAAAUUGCUAGUAAAAAGACUAAUCAAGUCCUUGGUGCCCCCAGGAGUUCCCAAUUAAAAUGGAUUUGAAGUCUAUCUCCAUCAAUGGCACUGAAUGAGUUCAAAAUGGACUAACCUGGCAAAGCUUAGCAGCGUAGCAGUGCUUUGCAUCGGGCUAAACUGAACCUCAUUCACUUCAACUUCAUCAUCAGUGCUCCAGUGCAGCGCAAAUGCUCUAAUACAACUCAGGAAGAUGCAUCAAAAAGCAGAAGAUGUGCUCAAGCUUUCAUUCAAAGUGAGAAAUGCCCUUUUUAAAAAAUGUCUUUCUCAAAGACACCAUGUGCUGAAAGCCUUCACUAAAAGAAAGUUAAAGAAUCUGAAGGUAGAUUCCCAAAUCCUUGAGCAAGGCACUUCGUUCUUUCCACGCCCAUUCGGGAUUGUUAAAAUAAAAAAUGAUGGAACACUUGUAAAAACAUCACAGCUACUUCUUUGGGACAGUGGUGGCAUACCUUCACUGCCCUAACACUGUAAGACAUGAACAGGACUCUGGCUCAUCUCAAGUUAGCUCUUAGUAGACAUCGGGAGGAAGAGGAUGGCCUUCUGCCCCGGUCCAGUUUUGCUUCCAGACUUGUACUGGCCGGUUCGCUUCAGUGCCACGUACAUAGUUGGGUACUUCCUGGAGCGGUACGUGUUGUAGUUGUUGCUCUCCAAACGCUCCAAGAAGUAACAUUCAUCAGUCGCUCGUCUCUGAAGACAAAGACAAAGAGGGAUUAAGACUUCAAUCUAUUUACUACUGUUUCUCUUGUCUCUGGCAAAAUGACUGGGCAUAUAUAGAGAAGGACAACCUAUUUCUUGCUUUCAUUGAGCAGGAGCUGAACCAACACUACCUCCACUUGAACCACAACAGUACUGACUGACUGAAUACAAUUGAGAAUGUUCCUCAAUGUAUUAUGAUGUACCAUUCUGUAGAAACAUUUAACUGAACUGAUUACUGUACAAUAAACCAAUAAACUCAUGAGCAUAAGGAUCAAGCCCUGAAAGCACAAGUAAUUAUUUCCCCCCUACCUUGAAAAUAGGCCUACCAUUAUCUCUGAUUCCAAAAUCUUCCAAAUUUAUAACAGCCUUAAAAAUGAUUUACAGAUGCUUUGGCUUAAAAAAAAAAAAAACCUUCAAGGCCAGGUGUGAAUUCGGCAAAAACUCAAGGAUAACCUUUGCAUUUACCGUGACAUUAAAAACUUGUCUCUCAGUUGAAAUACUACCUGAACAGACUUCUUUGUCAAUCAACUGUACUACUUUAUUCAGACACAACUUUGGCAAAUGGUUUUAGUAAAAACUAAGAGAAGGUGUGUUUUAGUUUGCACAAGAAUUGAUUCACUCUGAAUAGUUACUCUUGUGUUAGAAAUAAAUAAAGUGAAUAGGAUGCCUAAAGGGAUAAAUUACUAGAGUUCCUGUCGGAGGUUAUUCAUUUGUGAUUAUCUCCUUUGUCACUGUUGAGUAAAAAUGUGCAAUAAUUAGCAUAGAAAGGAUGUUUAAUACCAGCAUCAAAACAUUUUUCAGAAACACACUAUGCUGUAACUGCUUCUUUGCAUCAAUAAACCUGUUAAGUGCUUCAAAUGUACAGUGGGGAGAACAAGUAUUUGAUACACUGCCAAUGGGAAAACCCAUUGACAGUGUAUCAAAUACUUGUUCUCCCCACUGUAUGAUAUUCAUUGUCAAAACCCCGGUAGAAGAAACAAGACAGGAAAAAGACAUGAUCUACUCACCGCUCCAAAAAGUCUGCCGUCUCUGUUCAUGGCUAAGUAGCGGUUGGCGACCACUCCUUUGAUGACCACCUCACCGACAGAUGUGGCCUGCAGCUGAAGCGUUACUGAGGAGAUCAGAGAAGAAUGCUUUGCUAUAGACUGUUGGAUGUCAAGGAAACCGCCUGAGGCCUUUGACACAGACACAUGCCACGAGAAUGCGAAGGGUAUCCGUUUGAACUCGAAAUGUGAUUGUGCUGAGGGUUGCUUCACACCAGCUAUGGAAACAUGGAACCCACAACCCACUUAAUGUAUUUUUUACCCAGAAUUGUGUAAACACAAACAAACAAAGGCUUAGGAUCAGCCCUCAAGACGUAGUCUAAAAAUCACUGCAUUAAUUUUCGAGGUCAUUGGAGUUUGAAGGAAUGAUCUAUUUUGUAAGAUGAGUUAAUCACCAAACAGACACACCUCCUUUUAAGUACAAUGUAAGC